UGGGGCGGCUGGAGGGGCCGGAGCUGCCUAGGGUCGCGGCCGGCGGGUGUAGGUGGCGGGAUGGCGGCCGAGGCGCAGCCCCUACUGGGCUGGGACCGCGGCGGCCCGGCCGGUGAUGCCACAACUGUGCAGGACCUCUGCAUAGACCAGGCCGUGAUCUUCACUGAAGAUGCUGUAAAGUACCGCUCCAUCUACCACCGCAUGGACGCGGGCUCGUUGUGGCUCUACCACUGGUAUUACUCGAACACCUGCCAACGGAUGUUGGGCUUCACCAUUUUCUUGAUCCUGGCCUUGGCUUUUAUUGAGACUCCCUCUUCGUUCACAAGUACUGCAGAUGUUCGCUACCGCUCGGUGCCCUGGCAGCCGCCCUGUGGCCUGACCGAGACUGUGGAGGCUUUCUGCCUGCUGGUCUUCCUGGUCGACCUCUUCAUGAAGGGCUACCUGGUUGGGCAGGCCCAGUUGCAGAAGAACAUGUGGCUGCUGACCUACCUCGUGGUACUGGUUGUGUCCCUGGUGGACUGGACUGUGUCCCUGAGCCUUGUCUGUGAGGAGUCCUUCCGUGUACGCCGGCUGCUCCGCCCCUUCUUCCUGCUGCAGAACUCCUCCAUGAUGAAGAAGACUCUGAAGUGCAUCCGGUGGUCUCUGCCUGAAAUGGCCAGCGUCGGGCUGUUGUUGACCAUCCACCUGUGCGUCUUCACCGUGUUCGGGAUGCUGUUGUUCACCGUCAGCGAAAAGGAUGAAGCCCAGGACAAGGAGAGGCUGGCCUACUUCCAGAACCUUCCAGAGGCGCUGACCUCACUCCUGGUGUUGCUGACCACUGCCAACAACCCUGAUGUGAUGACUCCUGCGUAUUCCAAGAACCGGGCCUAUGCCAUCUUUUUCAUAAUCUUCACCCUGAUAGGAAGCUUGUUUCUGAUGAACCUACUGACAGCCAUCAUCUACAAUCAAUUCCGUGGCUACCUGAUGAAAUCUCUGCAGACCUCGCUCUUUAGACGGCGGCUGGGGGCUCGCGCGGCUUAUGAAGUCCUCACCUCCAAGGCAGCUCGAACUACCCCUGAGGCAGUUGGGGUGAACCCCGAGAGCUUCCUGAAGGUUCUUCAAAAGACCCAGCUGCAAGACAGCCAGAAACAGGCUAUCAUGGAGAAGUUGCGCUCCUACGAAGGCCGCCUGCUGUCAGCUGACGAGUUCCAGAAACUCUUCGAUGAGGUUGACAAAGGUGUGAUCCGAGAGUGCCCGCCACGGCCCCAGUACCAGUCUCCGAUUCUGCAGAGUGCCCAGUUCAUCUUCAGUCACUCUUACUUUGACCACCUGGGGAACCUCAUCGCUCUGGGAAACCUCUUGUCGAUUUGUGUGUUCCUGGUGAGGGACUCAGACCGGAUGCCUGAGGAACGUGAUGACCUUGUCUUGGGGAUUCUCGACUACGUCUUUGUCCUGUACUACAUGCUGGAGAUGAUGCUCAAGGUGUUCGCUCUGGGCCUGCAGUGCUACCUGUCCCACCACAGCAAUGUGUUUGAUGGCCUCCUCACUAUCAUCCUGCUGGUUUUGGAGAUCUCCACCUUGGUUGUGUACCGAUUCCCCGGCUCAGGCGGGAUGCCGGAGAAGCGGGGUCUCCUCUCUCUGUGGGACAUGAGGCGGCUGGUGAACACGCUGAUUGUGUUCCGAUUCCUGCGCAUCAUCCUCAUUGUGAAGCCAAUGACUGUAGUGGCCACCACCAUCCUGGGCCUGAUCCAGAACUUGCGGGCAUUUGGCGGGAUCCUGGUGGUGGCGUACUACGUGUUUGCGAUUGUCGGGAUCAGCUUGUUCCGAGGUGUUAUUGUGGCUCCUUCUGGAAAUAGCAGUAACAGCUCGGCACCCUGUGGAAGCUUUGAGCAGCUGGAAUAUUGGGCCAACAACUUCGACGACUUCGCCGCCGCUCUGGUCACGCUGUGGAAUGUGAUGGUGGUAAACAACUGGCAGGUGUUCCUGGAUGUGUAUCGGCGCUUCUCUGGCCCGUGGUCAGUCGUCUACUUUGUGUUGUGGUGGCUGGUGUCUUCUGUCAUCUGGGUCAACCUGUUUCUGGCUCUACUUCUGGAGAACUUUCUUUACAGAUGGGACCCCCGAAGUCAUAAGCAGCCCCUUGCUAGGACCCAGCAGGCCACUUACCAGAUGUCUGUGGAGCUCAUUUUCAGUUUUAAAGGUACCUGCAGGUUGGAGACUUGGUGCCUUGUCCGCUGGCUCUGCUCACCAGCUCUGAGGGGCCCAGGUCCAUUUCUCCCUGAAGCUCCUGUGCAUCUGUCCCCAACCCCACAGGGACAUCCUGGAGGAGCCCAAAGAGGAGGAGCUGAUGGAGAGACUUCACCAGCACCCAUACCUGCAUCUGUGCAGGUGACGUCAGCGUGGCCUCCCAGCUGGGGUGGCAGGACAGAGAUGCUGGCCUGGGGCCUGUGGAGGCAGCAGCUAAUAGAGACCAAGCAAGAAAGGCCAGUGCCUGGGACAGACCACUAUGCAGGGGCAGGUGGGGACUGGGAUGAGGACUUCGCCCUGGUGGCCGCUCUGCAGUGUCGCCUGGCUCUGGCAGAGUGAUGGCUGGUGCUGCAGGACUGUGUCCCGCCUCGCUGCUCUUCCAAGCUGCUUCAGUGAGACUUGCUCAGGAGAGGGCGACCUUGCAGGGACAUCCAAGGCAGCCUGGGAAGCCUCAGCUCCCCUCCUCCUCAGCUCAUCUGUGCCUUUGGGGACCCUGUCCUGCACAGGGCCUGCAGAGGGUAACCAGCAAGUUUCCAGGGCAUUGGGGUUGGGUGGGUAUCAUGUGAAGAGAAUGUUGCCUGUGUUUUGGUUUCACAGUGUCUGAGUGUGAUUGGGUUCGUCUCUGUGGGUCACGGUGCUGGUCAUUUUCACCUGUAAGUUUUAUAAAGAAUGAGACUGUU